AUGUUUUCUGUAAGCGGCGUGGGUCAUGGUACAGGUAUUAUACGAGAUGGUCCAUUCAGUGACUGGAGACACGACAACGCCGGGGUGUUAAUGAGAAAUGUUGGUUCAAAUGGUGGCUUAUUCAGCAGAGAAUUUAUUGAACUCUUUCUACGACAGAACCGCAUUGAGGAUAUUGGUCUUAAUAGAAAUGAAUUAGAUACAAACUUGGAAUUUCAUCAUGGUUCUGUUCACAACUGGGUUGGUGGUACUCUUAGUGAUUUUGAUUAUUCGCCUGCUGAUCCACUUUUCUUUAUGCAUCAUUGUUUUGUUGACGCUUUGUGGGAAAGGUUUCGUAGUAAUCAAGUUCAACGUGGUUUUGAUCCUGAAUGGUACCCUUUAGUCGAUGGGGAUCAUAAACAGGACGCACCAAUGAGGCCAUUCGAAACCGGAAAGGAUGCCAAUGGUGAAAGCAAGUAUCUUAGAAAUAGGGUAGGAUAUUCGAAAAUAUGGUCUUCAUAUGUGAAGUACGAGAACCCACCGUAUCACUGUAGAGUAGAUUCUGAUUGUGGAUCAGAACAGAUGAGAUGUGAGAGGAGAAUGUGCCAACCUUUAACUAUUGAAGAAUUUGAAAGAAUGGAUUUACAUAGGAGAUCAAAAAGAGAGAUAUCAGAAACACAAAACAAUCUUUGGGUUCUACCUUCAUCAAAGAGAGCAAGACGUCAACGUCAUUUGCAAAGCAAUACACCAGUUUUUCAUGGGUUAAACGCAAAAACGACACCAUUUUACCAUUCCUAUCAAAAUGCGUUUAUGAUCGAUGGUGAAGCUGACAUAAGUAAGUGGGUUUUCAUACCAGUAAACGUCUACAAAAGAAGACCAAAGGACCAGACCUGUGAUGCCUUUCCAGUUAGACAUGGAUUUCCGGAUUUCUCUGCUGGGGAUGUUUUCGAUCAAAGUUCCAGUACCAAUUACAAAGAGUCUAACAAAGUACCCGUAAAUGAAGGGAGAAAAAGAUGUUCACACUUGGGAUCCGGAAUAACUAAAGUUUAUGUGAAGACAUUUGGACUAGACUAUCGUGGAUCUUACAUUGAUCAUGCUCUUCUCGAUGAACGAUUUCAAUUUUCGUCUGCCCUUAGUGUAGUAGGUGUUAAAAAGCCCUUAAAUAAUAAAGGAGCUCAUGUGUUUAUUACUGCGCAUGACUCUUGUGGGAAAAUGUGCACAGCGUUUUGCCUUAACACUCAGUCCUCUCCUUCUGAAUACCGAAUGUGUUCUGGUGCUGUCCGAAUAAAUUCUGCCAAGCCGUUAAUGUAUAGAAGUACAAUUAAGGAUGCUUUGCUAAGUGCCUAUAAUUAUUCAAGUGUCAAUCCAUCAAUCUCAAAAGAGAAUAUACCUAUUGUAUUCCACUGCGACUAACCAAUCAUAUUUUCCCAUCAUUCAUCAUCAGUUUAUUACUGUAUUUA